AUGGCCCGGUACGCUUUACUGGCCUUGUUGGGCACCGCGCUCGGGGAACUGCAGAGCGAGGUGGAUGUGGCCAGCGCUGGCCUCUACGUAGUAGAAGCACCUCCGCCGGUGGUGCUGCAGAAAGAAGGGCGCGGGCUGCGCCUCCGCGGCGCGGAGCUGGUGCCGCCCUCCGCGGCCCGGCCUCUGGGGGACAUUCGGCAGGCAGCCCAGGUGAGCCGGGCGGUCGUGGACCGAGUCAGCAGCGCCCAGCUAGCCCAGGUGGCCGUGGGCCGAGUCCGCCAGGUGAGCACGGUGGGUCGGAGAAUGCUUCAGCAGCAUCCUGCCGAACAGGGAGGACGCGUGUUCAAAGCCGGCUGGGCCGUGGCCUGGCUGCUGUCAAUCGGAAAAGGCGAAGACGCAGCCGGCUGCAGCGGCGGAGGGAGAGCCAGCUGGACCAGCAGGAUGGUAGCAGCCGAGUGCAUUCUGCAGAGGCAGGCGCUUGGUGUCAAGAAGGCGCUGCAUUCUGAUUGCAAACUCUGCAUCCAAAACUUGAUGUUCGAUGAGUCAGGCUUUCAGCUCAAGUUGGAGAGCCGCCAGCCACUGACUGACUGCUCGGUUCUUUGUUCCCAUGGCCAGCUGACAUACGAGCUGACUGAUGGCCGAGUUAUGGACGAGCACAUUGCCAGGCCUCCUCGUUUGCUUCCUGGGAUGAAUUGGGCUACUCUGUGGUCAGCGCUGCAAGAUGGCUUGAUAGCCGAGUGUGAAGCCAGCUUUGUUGCAACCUUGACUUCGUGCGAAGCAGCCAACAUCAAGAUGCUGCGGUUCUUGGAGCACACUUUGCCUGAUGAGCACUUUUUGCUGCCUGUUCUUUGUGCCCAGCACAGGACUGGGAACGUCAUCGAGCAGCUAACGAAGUUGCUCGGCGUGCUUGGUGGAAACUUCUCGACCACGAAGACCAUGUCGAAGCAGAACUUGCUGCAGUCCUUGCGCCAGAAGGUCCGAGACCGUGUGCAAGGAGAUCUCAGGGUGCUGGCUGAAACUCCGGCGGCAGCCUUGGAGGAGUGGCGCGCCGGCAAGGAUGUGGCGCGCAAGCUCGUGGAGCUUUGCUGCUUCCAGGCGCCUGAGGAAGGCCGCCCUGGCUCCCAGCGAGACAACUUCGCGAAGCUGCUGGACUUCUUCAGCAGCCCGUGGACAGGCUUACACUGCGCGCAGGGCCACAGUAGCAGGAUGGUGGCCCAGAUGUUCGCCCCGAUGGACUCGCGCACGGCCGUGCGCAAGCUGCAGGGGGGGGAAGCGGUUUCUGGUAGCUUUGAAGCUGCCAGGGCGGGCCUUCAGGAGCACCUUGUUGCCGACUGCUACGGGACGGUAGAGGGCAUCUGGUGGGCCAGAGACGUCUACAACGAGCGGCGCCUGGGCUAG